AGAACGUGCCUUUAGUACACACAGUCAUCAGAAGAGAGGAGACAGGGAGACACUAAAGACUGAUGUCUAAAGGAUAACUAGACGAGUAGCCAUUACAUAAGUCUUCUCCUUCUCUUCGUCUUUCUCUUGGCUUGUUCUGUGAUCCUUCUCUGUCAGUCACUCUGGGAGGGAAGGAGAGCUAGGGACGCUAUACAUAAAUGGCUGGUAGCAACAUCACUCCUCCCAGCCAACCCAUAGAGACGAGGGCUGGCAGUGCUAGUGGACUCAACACUCAGUCAGAGAAACCAUUCCAUUACACUUAUUUGAAGGAGUUUCGUGUCGAACAGUGCAAACUCUUCCUCCAGCACAAGUGUACGCAGCACAGACCCUAUACUUGUUUUUAUUGGCACUUUAUGAAUCAGAGGAGGCGGAGACCAGUCAGGAGGAGGGAGGGUACCUUUAAUUACAGUCCGGAUACAUAUUGUUCCACAUACGAUGAGAACACUGGGCUAUGUCCCAAUGGAGAUGAGUGUCCAUACUUGCAUCGCAAUGCCGGUGACACUGAGAGGAGAUACCACUUGCGUUACUACAAGACGAGUACUUGUGUGUACGAGACUGACUCAAGAGGUUUCUGUGUGAAGAAUGGCCCCCACUGUGCCUUUGCUCAUGGCCCACACGACCUCCGCUCCCCUAUCUAUGACAUACGGGAGCUGACAGGAGAGGGGGAAGAGGAUCGGCUAGUUUCCCCUCUGGUCGGCAGCCUAGAGAGAGAGAAAGGUGUCCUUGUUGAUGAUCCAAGAUGGCAUGAUUCUAGUUUUGUCCUAACUUAUUACAAAACAGAUCCCUGCAAACGCCCACCCAGACUCUGUCGCCAAGGCUACGCCUGUCCAUUCUAUCAUAACAACAAAGAUAGAAGAAGAACACCAAAAACUUUUAAAUAUAGGUCCACCCCAUGUCCUGAUGUUAAGAUUAACGAUGAAUGGGGCGAUCCUGUUAACUGUGAUCAGAAAGACCAAUGCUGCUAUUGUCACACUAGGACCGAGCAGCAAUUCCAUCCAGAGAUAUACAAGUCCACUAGGUGUAAUGAUGUUCAGUCGACUGGUUAUUGUCCCAGAGGACCUUAUUGUGCCUUCGCUCAUGAUGACAAGGAAUUAUCUGCUCCUCGAGAACUAACUGAAGAACCAAUGACACCUGAAACUGCUUCAUCAAUAUCACUCGAUGAUAAUACAUCAGGUGUUACUGGUGGUGGGUCACGCCCAUCUUCUGCCAUCACGCCCUCUCAUAUUGAUGCCCCCUCGUUCCAACGAGCCCCCGGGGCCGAAGUGAGGAGUAGAAGUAUAGGAGAAGAGGAUAGUCAGGCUUAUUUGAAAAAACAGCUCCAGGCGAUUGAUAGCGACCAGAGCUUGGAUGAAUCAGAAAAGCAAAGAAGAAAACAAAGCUUGUUACGUUUGUCAUUCGUUGGUCCCAGUGGUGUUAGAAUGAGUCCUGAUACUGGGUCUGGGUUCCAGGUUGGGAGUCUUCCCAGUAGCAUCAGUGAGUCUGUUGAUGUCGCCAUUGGACAGAGUGUGGAGGACCUUUCUCUCGAUGAGACCGACCCUUUGAUGGACCACCAGUCCUUAUUGAUGCAAGGAGAAGAGAUCCUGCCCCAUGUGUCACAUAGUUCUGGUUCUGGUCCCAUUAUCAGUCAGUCCCCAGUGGCACAGGGUUUCCUUCAGUCCCUCCAGUCGCCGUUCGUAGGGUUCUCCUCUCCCCUCGGCUCCUCCUUCUCUCCCUUUCCUGCCCCUCAUCAUAUACAGCCACUUCAAACUAACCUUGGAUUGGCCACGCCUACUUCUCCCCUUACGUCCGCGGCAGCCGCAAUGUCUCCUAGUUCCAAUCGAGGGCUCACGAUGGCUCAGAUCGUCCAAUCAAAUGCUUCGGGGAGGGCACCUGGUUCUCCAUCUCGCUUAUCUGCUCCAGCGGGUGUUGGUGAGAAUAGGCAGCAAGAAGUCACUGAUGACUUGAAGCAGCAGACUAAGAGCAGUCUCUCUGGUCUCCAUGAGCCGUGGAAGCAGACGAAGCAACAGACUCCAUGGAAGGUUGAGGGUGAAGGUCUGGGGGGCAGUCAGACUGUUAGUUUGUUAAGAGAAGACAUCAACCUACAUCAACUGACACUGAUUCAACUCUUCAAGGUCCAGCAUCAAAUUAAACAUGAUUUGGAUUGUGUCAGCUCAGCUAUCAGGUCAAGGAUGUCCGUUCCCUGUACUUCGUGCCAUGAGUUCUCUCGCUCUGUUUUAUUCCAGCCUUGUCAGCAUUUUGUCCUCUGUCAGAGGUGCAGUGACCGACUCCAGGACCCGAUCCAAUGCCCUCACUGUCAUGGUAGAAUUAGCUCAAGAACAACAUUAUUAUUAUCAGAAGAGGAGAGAGAGAAAUUACAUGUAUCUCACCAUUUGUCUUCUUCGUAUCGUUAGCAAUUUAUUAUUAUUAUUAAUUAUUAUUAUAUUCAUUUAUUCUUAUAUCUUAUGCUUAGUAAUAUAUAUAUAUAUUAUUAUAUUAGUUUUGUGAUUUUGUGGGUGUUGGAGGCUCCGCCCACUCUAUAUUAUUAUUAUUUGGUAUUUUAGGUGGUUUAGUAUUCUUCAAAUUGUCAAAUUGUAUCAUAUUAUUAUUAUUAUCAUUAUUAUUAUUAUUGCAGAGAGAGGCACAAAUUAUCCAUCUCUCCCUUUCUCUCUAUCUCUCCUAAUUUCAGUUCAUUUCAUGUGUUUAAUGCUACUACUUAAAACGUAGCUAGUUCAUUUUAAUUAUUAUUAUUAUUAUUAUUUUACUCUCACUCUACAGCAUAGAUGUUUAUUGAUAGUUAUUCUCAUAGCCAAUUAUCUCUCAUUUAUUAUUAUUAUUAUUAUUGCUAUUAAUUAUUCUUCUUAUUAUUAUUAUCCAUUCCCCUUUCUCUCUUGUAUUAUUCCUAUCAUUGAAUAUAAUAAAUUAUUAUAUUUAUCAAGUGAAGGCAUUUAUUUUUUGUCGUUAUUGUUAUUAUGGAACUCUUUUUAUUUUCAAUAUUAUUAUUAUUUUUAGAACAUUAAUUUUUCUGAAUUUGAAGAAAAUAAUGAGACAAAAAGUUA